AUGAAUAUUUCUCCAACGCCAAAAAGGUAUAACUCGAGAGGAGAUCGAUAUUAUGCGUCCCAAGCUAGAGGUAAAGUACCGGAGUUUGAACCUUAUAGGAAAUCAGGAUUGAAUUUUAAUGAUGGGUAUAGCGGCAUUAACCCACCUGUGUACAAAAACGGACUUCACUCGAAUUUAGACGAUGAUAAACUGGUACCUGAAGAGAUAAAACUUCAACGUACUGUGAUAAACGACCUUAUUUCUCAAAACAAAGAGCUACAAACAACUGUACAUACCCAACGUGAAGAAAUUGAACGGCUCAAUAUUAUCAUUGGCCAAUUUAGAGCGAAGUUGACAAAAUACAGUGUGAUGAACAGAAAACUAGAGGACGAAUUGAGAGGCUCUGAAAGAUCGUCAAAUGCUUUGAAUAAAGAUAGAAAUGACGAUAGAAAUGACUCGAUUUUAGAGAACUCGUUUGAGAAUGCUGAAGAUUAUAUUCAGAUCCCCAAACUAAGAUAUAAUAGUAAAGGUAAACAGGACAAAAGCCCUCAAACGAAUGAUUUGAACGACAGGCUUAGUCAAUUAGUUCAACUAUUAGAAAAAAGUCAACAGAACAAUUCUACAAAAAUUAACAGCAAUUCCAAUGAUAUGUCACCACCUGUCUGUAGUUCUGCUACACCUCCAGAGAGAAACAAUAAACCAAUUAUGAGUUCCCCGAAAAUACGAGACCCGUCUGAAGAGGAUAUUUUAUGUCAAGAAAGUGCUGAACUAAAAAGUCUUGAGAACCAAAUAGAACUUGUGAAAAAAAAAUUACUAAUAAAAAGAGAGAAUGAACUGAGAAAGCUAUCUUUAGAAAAUGAGCUAAUAGAAUUGAUGGAUCAGCUAUCGACUGAUGCAUCACCCUACAGAUAUGGCAAGAGUAAAGGGAAUUUUAUCUCGACUAGUAAGCACGAAAAACAUGACGAAAAUUUAUCAGAUAUAUAUGGAGAUUAUACAGGGAAAAAUAGCUUGAGAAAGCAUAAUAUUAAACCGUUUAAUCCUAUAAAAAUGGAUAAUAUUCUGGAAACACCAACACCACCUAAUAGAAGAAAUUCUGAAUGA